UCAGAAGGCAAACCACUGAAUCUACUUGGGUAACCGUCAAUCACGCUGCUCGUUUCCGGGGACUGUGUGUUACUGUGCAAUCAUUGUGUUCUUGAACAGACCUCAUUUCCAAUCCCGGGAAAAUUUCUACUGGUACAACGCCACAAGUCCCUUAAUUGCUUCCUAAUUUGAAGAACUAGCACACAUUUCAUUAAACGCAUGUUUCUCGGUCUUUGAUAUAUUCCUUAACCGACCUUUUGUUUUACCUAACGUUAUACUAAUCCGGUUAGCCGCCUCAGUCUGCACCUCUGAGGCAGACAGAAGAGGAGGGAUGUCACGCGGUUAAAAGCCGUUGUCCUGUUGUGCCAUGUUAGGGAGCUGGAAAAGCUGGACCCGGCUGUAUUCCAGACGCAGUUACGCAAUCUGAAGUUUAGCAUGGAAGAAGAGGGGGAAAGAAAUCUGUGCACUGACAGUGACUCGGACACAGCAGAGAAGAAGAAUGGCACCAAUUGUACAAUCAAAUGGACUCAGGAAGAGGAUGAAAAUCUCAGAAUCCUGAUCAACAACUUUGGGAAAAAAGAUUGGAAAACCAUCGCCAGUUUUUUACCUGGGCGGACAGAAUUCCAUUGUAGGCAUCGUUGGAAAAAGCACCUGGAUCCGGGUUUAGUCAAAGGUUACUGGUCCAAAGAGGAAGAUGAAAAGAUAAUAGAGCUGGUGAACAAAUACGGCACAAAACAGUGGACUUUGAUUGCCAGGCACUUAAAGGGGCGGCUGGGGAAACAGUGCCGUGACCGCUGGCACAACCACCUUGACCCACUGGUGAAAAAGAGCUCCUGGACUGAUGAAGAAGACAUCAUCAUUUACAAAGCCCACUCCAUUCUGGGAAACCGGUGGGCUGAGAUCGCCAGGCUUCUCCCUGGAAGGACAGACAACUCUGUGAAGAAUCACUGGAACUGCACCAUCAAACGUAAAGCUGAGCUGGGCCUGUUUAAAAGUGAAGCUGACAGUAUUUCCCUUGAUAUUCAACAGUUUGUAGAUGAAGAGGUGGACUUCAAGUGUGAUGUCGUUUUAGACACUGAACCGGUGCUGCCUGAGGUGAUUCAGCCAGAGAAAGAGAAGAAACAGAUGGAGCAUCAUAAUGCCAAGCAGAAUGUGGUUGUUCCACCUCCACAUUCUUUGGCACCAAGGAGACGGUUACCCUCUCUCAGUCCCUCUUUGCCCCCCAGAUUGAGUUCUAGUCCCAGUUCCAGCUCAGCUGCACCAUCAGCAGUCACACUGGUGGACCAGAAAAAGUUUGCCGAAGCAGCACUGAGGAUGAUUGCUGAAGACAUGCUGCCACUCAGUUUUGUUGAAGGCGCCGGCUUCAGGUCAUUCAUGAGUACCAUUAGCCCUGAAUACCACAAGCUAUCCCAGCGUGCCAUGGGCCUGCAGCUUUAUGGCGAUGUGGAGAGAACCAUCAAGCCUCAACUCAUCCGUGACCUUAAAGCCAGCCUUUCCAAAACCAAAGAUGGUGAGCGUGCCAUUCACGUCACCUUUGACCUCUGGGCAGGCAAUCAGUCCCAGUCACUGGAAGAGCCCAUUGUCGUUGUGCAGCUCCACUUUAUCAGUGAUUCCUGGCAGAUCCGCCGGCCUGUUGUGGCUUUCCGUCACCUCAGUUACAAGAACCUCAGCUGUGCUGUUGCUAAGGAGCUUGAAGGUGUGCUGCUGAGCUAUGGCAUCUUUCCUUGCAGCAUCGGCUAUGUUCUCGCCAACCAGGCCAAAGAAGCCCUGGCUGAGAACAGUGUUUUCUGCGAGUACAAGAUCAUGUGCCCUUCCAGCCGGGGAGAACCAGAUGGAGAUGAGAUAGUGGCAUUUUUGUCUGACCAGAUGUCAGAAACCGAGUCCCCGUUUUCAGCACUAAACAUUGGGACCAGGACCACCUGUGUGGCCAGAACACUGCAGCUGGUGAUCAAGGAGGCCCUGAAGAAUUCCAGGGUAGUGGAAAACCUGCUCUCACAGGUGCACAACGUGGUGGCUUUCUUCAGGAGCAGCACCUACUGGAGCGAGGUUUUGUUAAAGGAGUGCAACGUGUCUCUGUGCCCGUCCUCCAGCAGCUGUCGCUGGAACUCCAUGAUGCUCUCGUUACGCCGUAUGGUGCAGGAGACUGCCUGGAGUGCCGUCAUGACUGUCCUGGCCCAGGCUCGCAUAGAGGCUAAUGACACAGCCAGCGACCCACCUCUGAUCAUGGUCAAGAGGGAGCAAGUGGUUGACAUCCUGGGUCUCCUUGAGCCCUUUGAAGAAGCCUUGCAGGGCCUCCAAGGAAAUGGUGUGACCAUCUCUUUCAUUAUACCUUCCCUUGUUGGUCUUGAUAAGACCUUGGAGAAUCGUGUCACAAACUACACACAUUUCAACAAGGCCCUGCGCGCAGGCCUGCACACACAUUUCCAGUCUAUGAUCCACCAGAAGGACUUGAUACUAGCUGUUGUGCUCGACCCCAGGUUCAAACUGAAGCCCUUUUCUGAUGCCAAACUGGAGAACCAGGCAGGUUUCCUAACGCCUCCAUCAAAACAGCAGGCUCAUAUCAUUGUGGAAGCCGCAUUAGGAACCAUGGAGGCCUCAGCAUCUCCCUGUGUGGAAGCAAAUAAAAACCAGACAAGCAAGGAGUUUAAAAACGAAAUGGAGAGCCAAGCCAACACACUAGUGGAGGCAUCUGGUGCCAGCUCAGAUGAAAUCAACUGUGACGGAGUCGAUGGAAACGUCCUCAAGCGCAAAUCGAGCACCAGCAUCCUUCAGCCUCCUGCAAAGGCCAUGAAGAUGUCAGAGCUUGACGCAUACCUGUCAGAACCAUUGUGGGAGAGUGGCUCCAGUGUGUUGUACUGGAAAUUUGCUGAUCGGUUUCCUGAGCUCCAGAACAUUGCCAGGAAACUGCUGGCAGUACCAGCCACCUCAGGGGGCUUCGACCGCCUCUGUCCGAUGGCAGCAUGUGUUGUAAGAGCCAAGAGGAGCCGCCUGCCACCUCACACCACAGAGAGACUACUUCUAUACAAAAACUCUUUAAAAACAAAGACUGUUAAAAAGCCCAGUGGUGUUGCUAAACACUGAUGGUUGGGUCUGAUGAUUCUGGCCUAUAUCCAAAGAAUCUCCAUAAUUGUCACAAUGUAUUAAACAAACUCAACACCCUUAACUUACUAUAAAUUGUGCUUACUCACUCAAGUGACACCAUCCCAUUCGAUAAAAUUUCUUCAGACAUGAUAGCACCAUUUUAACAUUGCAAUGGCACACAACAGUAUCAAAACAGAAUUAAUGGAUCUUGCAAAGUGGCAGCCGGUGUCCUACCAUCAAAGCUCACAUCAUACAUUUUGUGACUGAUGGAAGUGUUCAGAGGGAAAGGCAGCUUCUCUUUGGUCUUCAAACAAAGUAACUGGAUGCAUUUCCAAGAAACACAAUAAAGAAUUCUAAAAAUGU